AUGUGCAUGAUCAUGAUCACGAUCUGUAAGCAGAAUAGCAUGAUCAUAAUCAUAAUCAUGAUCCGCAAGCAGAAGACCAUGAUCAUGAUCAUGAUCCGCAAGCAGAAGACCAUGAUCAUAAUCAUGACCCGCAAGCAGAAUACCAUGAUCAUAAUUAUGAUCCGCAAGCAGAAGACCAUGAUCAUAAUCAUGAUCCGCAAGCAGAAGACCAUGAUCAUAAUCAUGAUCCGCAAGCAGAAGACCAUGAUCAUAAUCAUGAUCCGCAAGCAGAAGACCAUGAUCAUAAUCAUGAUCCGCAAGCAGAAGACCAUGAUCAUAAUCAUGAUCCGCAAGCAGAAGACCAUGAUCAUAAUCAUGAUCCGCAAGCAGAAGACCAUGGCGGAACAGGAGCUGCCUCUGCCUCCACCACCACCACCCGAGGGAGAGGAGCAGGAGCUGCCUCUGUCUCCACCACCACCACCCGAGGGAGAGGAGCAGGAGCUGCCUCUGCCUCCACCACCGCCACCACCCGAGGGAGAGGAGCAGGAGCUGCCUCUGCCUCCACCACCACCACCCGAGGGAGAGGAGCAGGAGCUGCCUCUGCCUCCACCGCCACCACCCGAGGGAGAGGAGCAGGAGCUGCCUCUGCCUCCACCACCCGAGGGAGAGGAGCAGGAGCUGCCACUGCCUCCACCGUCGCCUCCCGAGGGUCCGCUGCUGCUGCCGUCGCCUCCCGAGGGUCCGUUGCUGCUGCCGUCGCCUGGGGUCGCCAGGGAUCCUGCUUUGCCUGGGGUCGCCAGGGAUCCUGCUUCGCCUGGGGUCGUCGAGGGUCCGGCUUCACCUGGGGUCGCCAGGGAUCCUGCUUCGCCUGGGGUCGCUACACGAUGGCCGGAGCUCCAUGAAAGGGAGCUGCCAGAAAUGAAGAAAGGGGGGGAGGUCAGGAGACCAGCUCCCCCAGCCGCACUUUCGCGGCUGGAGAUCAUGUGGUCGGAGCCCCACGGAGGGGAACUGCCGGCCAUGAAGAAGGGGGGAGAGGUCAGGAGACCAGCUCCCCCAGCCGCACUUUCGCGGCAGGAUAGAGUGUGGCGGGAGCCCCGGAAGAGGGAGCUGCCGGCCACGAAGAAUGGGGGGGUGCCAGAGAUUCCACCAUGGCCACCCCCCAGAAGUAACUUGCUUCCCCUCUUCCGGGACUUUAAGACUGAGGGGGGAGGUGGCCGUUGGGGCCAUGUGUGCUGCGCACAAGGGGGGGCAUGUGUGGCGGAGUGUCCCGCCCCUAUUUAUUAUUAUUUGUAUUUUUGUUUGCGGCGCGGGUAAAAGUGCUGCGUCUUUUAUUAUUAUUUAAAAAACCCCGUGAGGAUGCAUGGCUGAUCAGCUACUGAUUAUUUAAAUAGCUGACAGUCAUGCAUCCUUACCAAACGCGUGCAGACUCUGGCCGAGGGAUAAUAAGAUAAUUAACAACUAGUUAAUCCCUCGGCCAGAGUAUAUAAACCAGCAGCUCUCUGCACUCGGGGUUGGGGUGUUGGAGUAGAGAGUACGGGGAGCAGAGAGAAGAGAAGGAAUAACAUUUAAAAAACAAUUGCUAAUACGUGCUGGAUUAUCCAGCAUGGCACUUACUUGUUUGUUUAUUUAUUCGUUUGGCCCUCGUGCCCUUUGGUUUGUAUUUUGUUUAAAUCUUUUGUUUGUUUAUUAUUAAAUACGCUGAGUGUUUUUGCACUCGGUUUCACCCGCCCAUCCACUGUUUUGGAGUCAGUUACUUCCUGGUCCGUGACGUCAUCCACCACACCACUGCGAGCCAGACUGUCACACCUGGUCACAAAAGCAAAGUUUGUGGGGAAAAAUAGCCAUUUUCUAUACUUUUGAGGCAUAAGCAAUUAGGAAAUAACACUUACUACCCAGGAACAAAAAUUAUGUUACAUAGUGUUUAAGAAGUGGAAGGUGUAUGGCACCACCAAUACCCUGCCUAGAUCAGGCCGUCCCUCCAAACUGGAUAACCGAGCAAGAAGCAGACUGAUCAGAGAGGCUACCAAGAGGUCAAUGGCAACUUUGCAAUAGCUACAGACUUUUAUGGCCAAGACUGGUCAAAGUGUGCAUGUGACAACAAUAUCCCAAGCACUCCAUAAAUCUGGCCUGUAUUUUACUCAAGAAAAACCACAUUGAAUCAUGUUUGAAGUAUGCAAAAAACACUCAGGAGAUUCUGUAGCCAUGUGGAAAAAAGUUUUGUGGUCUGAUGAAACUAAAAUGGAACUUUUUGGCCUAAAUUCAAAGCGUUAUGUUUGGCACAAACCCAACACAGCGCAUCACCCAAAGAACACCAUCCCUACUGUGAAGCAUGGUGGUGGCAGCAUCAUGUUAUGAGGAUGUUUCUCAUCGACAGGGACUGGGGAACUUGUCAGGAUAGAAGGGAAAAUGAAUUGAGCAAAGUACAGAAAAGUCCUUGAAGAAAACCUGCUGCCCUCUGCAAGAAAGCUGAAACUGGGACGGAAGUUCACCUUUUAGCAUGACAACGACCCAGAGCACACAGCCAAAGCUACACUGGAGUGGCUAAGGAACAAAAAGGUAAAUGUCCUUGAGCGGCCCAGUCAGAGCCCCGACCUAAAUCCAAUCGAAAAUUUGUGGCAUGACUUGAAGAUUGCUGUCCAUCAACGCUCCCCAAGGAACUUGACAGAGCUUGAACAGUUUUGUAAAGAAGAAUGGUCAAAUAUUGCCAAAUCUAGGUGUGCAAAGUUGGUAGAGACUUAUCCCAACAGACUCACAGCUGUAAUUGCUGCCAAAGGUGCUUCCACCAAGUAUUAACUCAGGGGGGUGGAGACUUAACCAAUUAUGAUCUUUCAGUUUUGUAUUUUUAAUAUAUAAUCUUUUUCUCAAUAAAAACUUUUUUCCCCUUAACAGUGUGGAGUAUGGUGUGUAGAUAAGUGGAAAAAAUCCUCAUUUAAAUGCAUGAAACUCUGAGGCACUGACACAACAAAAUGUGAAAAAAGUUCAAGGGGGUGUAGACUUUCUAUAGGCACUGUAUAUUUUUGACUCAGCUAAGUAUAAUCAAAUAGAGCUUGUGUUACAUAUUAAAAACAUCUCUUGUAUAUACACAUAUACUUGUAUUAUAUUAUAGCAAGGAUUCUGUGAACUUUGGUCCACCUGACUUUUUAGAAAAAGGAGGAGUUGGAAAAAGAGAGCGAUGAAAUCAUGUUCCAAUUUUUUUUGGCAAGAAGUUAUAUCCAAUCAGUUUUGAAAAAGGAGUUGACCAGAUCCUUCUAGAAUGUAUCAUUAAACUUAAAGAUAAGAAAUGUCAAGGCCGAGUGAUGAUUAGAUUUACUUGGGACUUCUGAUGUAUUCAAUGGAGGGAAAAUCCUAUAAAAACCUAGGCAAAACCCCAGUCAAGUAUCGCGCGACUUGCUAACUACAAGUUGUGUAGUCCAUGCUCUGAAGAUCUCUGAAAAACUGAUUGCUGUUUGGUCGUAUUCACAAGUCUCUGCCUUUUGAAGACUGUUCUUAUUUUUCAAUGUAUCCUACACUACUCUUCCAUACACUGGAAGGUAAGCAUAUAUUUGAAUUUAAUAUCUCUUUUAUAUUGAUGCAUUGCUAUAAGGUAUAGAAAUUAUGUUUUAGCCUUGAGAGCGAGAUAGAUACACAUAUAUAGAAUGUUCUAGAAUUUAGCAGUAGGUGUUUUUUAGCUUUAUGCAUUUAAUAGCCUAAGAGCUAAAUAUAUGAUAACCAUAUUUGUAUUAUUGUAUUGAAGUACUAAUGCUGUUAAACCUGUAAAGCACUGUAUCACCCAGAUUGCUUUUUACUUGGGAUUUAUGGUGGUCCGCAAACCCAACCAAUCCAAUUUUUAAAGCAUUUAAUAAACCGAAAAGAGCACUACUACUGCUCUGAUUUGUUAAAACUUCAAAUUAAAUGAGUCUGUGUGAUUUUAAAAAGUCAUCUGGAUACGUUGCAAGCCCAGUGCAUGAACGAUCCACUUACAGGAGUCUGAAACAUCUCUAUGUCCUCCUGAACGUCUCCCCUGAGUUUAAGAGUGUACUCAGAGCAUAUAUAUAAAUAGAAAAAGUACAUUGCGAGAAAAUUCAGAUACUAUCUUCACUCUCUAAGGAGUUAAAGCUGAUUAUUCAUUUGACCUCUAGGAGAGGUCAGAGGUCAUGGGCAAGGACAAUUUUUGAUAGAGCAUAUAUAGGUUGCUGUAUGUGUUCAAUAGUAACCAGGGAGUGGUUAACAUGUAGAAAACAGAAAGUACUGAUUAGAGGAGAAACCUCAAAAUGGAGCGAGGUAACUAGUGGUGUACCACAGGGAUCAGUAUUAGGUCCUCUCCUAUUCCUAAUCUACAUUAAUGAUUUAGAUUCUGGUACAGUAAGCAAACUUGUUAAAUUUGCAGAUGACACAAAAAUAGGAGGAGUGGCAAACACUGUUGCAGCAGCAAAGAAGGUCAUUCAAAAUGAUCUAGACAGCAUUCAGAACGGGCAGACACAUGGCAAAUGACAUUUAAUAGAGAAAAGGUGUAAGGUACUGCAUGCAGGCAAUAAAAAUGUGCAUUAUAAAUAUCAUAUGGGAGAUACUGAAAUUGAAGAAGGAAUCUAUGAAAAGGACCUAGGAGUUUAUGUUGACUCAGAAAUGUCUUUAUCUAGACAAUGUGGGGAAGCUAUAAAAAGCCAACAAGAUGCUCGGAUAUAUUGUGAAAAGUGUUGAAUUUAAAUCAAGGGAAGUAAUGUUAAAACUUUACAAUGCAUUAGUAAGAACUCAUAUAGAAUAUACUGUUCAGUUCUGGUCACCUCGUUACAAAAAGGAUAUUGCUGCUCUAGAAAGAGCAUGUCAUAUGCAGACAGGCUAAAAGAAUUGAAUCUAUUCAGUCUUGAACAAAGAAGACUACGUGGUGAUCUGAUUCAAGCAUUCAAAGUCCUAAAAGGUAUAGACAAUGUCGACCCAGGGGACUUUUUUGACCUGAAAAAAAGAAACAAGGACCAGGGGUCACAAAUGGAGAUUAGAUAAAGGAGCAUUCAGAACAGAAAAUAGGAGGCACUUUUUUACACAGAGAAUUGUGAGGGUCUGGAACCAACUCCCCAGUAAUGUUGUUGAAGCUGACACCCUGGGAUCCUUCAAGAAGCUGCUGGAUGAGAAUCUGUGAUCAAUAAGCUGCUAACAACCAAAUGAGCAAGAUGGGCUGAAUGGCCUCCUCUCGUUUGUAAACUUUCUUAUGUUCUUCCCUACUCUCAACAUAUUUCUUCACUGGCACACACUUACCGUUUCUUUUUGAGCAAUAUUUAUCGAAUUAAACCUAUUAAACUGCUGGACUAUGGCCCUCCACAAUCAGGACUGGAGAUCACUGGUUUACGGUGUAAAUGCAUAUGUAACACAUGCAAUAAAAAUGAAGCAUGUUAAAAAUACAUUUGUGUUUGUUUGUUGUAGUGUCAAGAGGUGGUCAUGGAGAAGUGCUAAAGAUGUGAAAAAGAUAUCCCUCUGUAAUGCCUUUCAGAACACAUUGAAAACUGUGGAAGCCUGAGGACACUGAUUUGGAAGAUGAUGUCGUUAUGGAGAUAUCUGAAGAGACUCAACUAUCUAUGUCCUCACAUGACAACACAUCCCAUAUUCAAAAUUAUUACAACAAGCACCAUGCUUCCUGUAGUGGACUGUACAGAGACUCUGUGGACGUUGCCAGUGAAGACAGUGUGUUUAGUGAUUCUGAAGAGCAGCUAAUAGAGCUCUAGAGUAAUCUCUAAAGGAAAGCUCGCAUGCAGCUGUUAAUGUGGAAGAUAUCCUACAAUCUCUGAGAGUUGGAAUCAAUGAGGAAGAAGUCAUUCGCUUCAACUUAAACAGAAGAAAUGUGUGGGAUGGUGCUGUAAGAGCCAUGAAGAGGCCAAACUUUUCAACCAACAAAAGAGUAGAUGUGAAAGGAGCAGUGGAUUUGGGAGGGCCGGAGUGUUUCUGACUAGUGCUGCAACACAUAAGAAACAGCCCUAUGUUUGAUGGCCCAGAAAAUCAACAUACUCUCUCAUGCCAUGCAGAGUGUAAGUGUAUAAAUCAAUUUCAUUUUAUGUGCUGAAAAACUUAUACAAAUCCUGUAGUAGAUAUGGUGUGCCAAAUGUUCACAGUAUUUAUUCUUGAAAAGAAAACAGAAAGACGUGUGAUGACAUUAGAUACAAUUGUUCCUCUGGAGCCACGCAUGAUGCAAAGCAAAUGUAAUUAACCGACACUAUUUCUGAAAAUUAACUUUGAGAAGCUUUUUUCAGAAGCUGCUUUGGUAGAAUGUUGUUUGCAUGACAGAAACAAAUAUACUAUACAUAACAAAUGCAAUUACAUGUACAUGCAGUUAUUAACUACCAUUUCGAUUGAAAUCACGGGCAUUAUGUUACCCCAUUGCCAACUAUAACAUGCAGUCCUUCAAAAUACAUUUGCUUCAUAAGUAAUAUUUUAAUUUUUUCUUUCUGGUAGCUUUGAACAACAACAGCUAUUUCUAUGCAGGACAGUUGAUUGCUAUGAGCACAGUACAUGGAGGACCAUCUCCACAUUUCUUUGCCUCAGUUUUGUUCCAGGCAGUAGCGUUUGGUCCAGACAACAUGCAUGCUGCAAUCGAGUAUAUAGCAGACCCUGAUAUUAAAUGUCAGCUGUCAGAGGUAGGAAAGUGUAGCACAUGUAGACAAUUGGAUAGUGAAGGAACGUACCAGGUUUUUUAUUUUUGAAGCCUUGUUUUUAAACAACAAACAGACACAUUGCACUUUCAUAUUCAUGAAUCAGUAAUUGUUGCAUUUCAUUUCCACACAGCUUAGCUUCCGAGAUGUAUUUAGCUGAUGAAAACCAUUUUGAUAGGCUUUUAUUUUUAAUCUGUAUGUAUCUGGGAAUAUAAUACACUGGAAAUGAAAUGCAGUAAUUGAGUUUUGAUUGAUAGUUAAGUCAAUGUUUGUUUUUGUUGUUUGUGUCUGUAUGGAAUUUGCAUCUGCGCCCCAAAAUAUUUGUAUUUAAGCUGUUGGCUGGUCAAGGAGCACCCCAACGCCUUUUUUAAACAAAAACCGUAAUGUUUCAAAGUGGAUUACUUGAAGCAUUGCUUAAACUUGAAAAAGGUUUUAAUGAAAUCAUGUGUAGACUCUCAUUCUUGCCUAGCUUCUCAGAAUGCAUCUCAUUAUUUGUCCUCUUCUGUUUCAUUCCUUUUUUAGUGGAUGUUUGCAUCUAUUUAAAACAUGUAUAUUGAUCUUGUUAUGCAAGUUAAAUUGUACUAAACCCAGAAACAUAAAUUAACAGGUUAUAUUUAGAGAAAAUAAAUAUUGGAUGUCAGGACUGAAGAGGAUUUGUUGUGGAUGCUGACCCUUGGAUUUAUAUUUUGCUUCAAUAUGCAUGCAUGAUGUCUUUAUCUCAAUUUUAAGAUUAAGUCAGACAAUAAAAAGGACAUGGAGGUGGCAGUUAUGAGCACUGUAAACCUCCUGAGCCUGGCUGGGUGUCGGAAAAACAUCACACUUCAUAAUAAAAAUGAUGUAGUGCAAGACGUGAGCGACUGGUAUGUUCUUCAGCGAACAAGAACACCGUUUGAAAGGUAUGCUUUUUACAAAACAUCUAAUAUUACAAGAACACCGUUUGAAAGGUAUGCUUUUUACAAAACAUCUAAUAUUACAAGAACACUGUUUGAAAGGUAUAUAUAUAUAUAUACACACUAAUAUAUUAAUUUGUUCCAAGAAAGAACAUUUUACUUUUCCCCCUUAUUAAUAAACACUAGAUGCAUUUCUGUAAAGUCUGUUUCAGCUGAGAAUUAAAACACAAAUAUAUAAGCUGUAUUCACUUUUCAUUUAACACUACUUAAAUCAACAUGGCAAAAUACUGGGGGGCUCCCAAGUGGCGUAGUAGGUGAAGGCACUCUCCCUGGAGUGCGAGGUGCACCACGAUAGGCCUCAUCUCCAUUCCUGCCUACACUAUUGCCUGAUUUGACCUGGAUUUCCCAGUGCGGCUCACAAUUGGCCAAGUUCCACCAGGGUUGGGACGGGUCAAAGUCAGCCGGGAUUUUGUUGGAGGACCGCACAAGUGCGACUCCUUGUGGCCUCUCGGGCACCUGCAGGUUUGUGGCAUCAGCAUUCCAUGAGCUGUGUAUCAACUUUCUCUCCGAGCUGAAUAGAAAUUGACCUUUACCAAACUGGGUUUAAAAAAAAAAAAAAAAAGAGUAAUAAUUUUUAUUAUAAAAACUAUUAUUUUCACGUUAACACUUGCAGAUGUGAUCAGAGGACAACCCUUGCUAAAACCCGAGUGCACUGUACAAUUCAUGUUUGAAACAUUCAGCUUUUUCAGGAUAUUGCCAAUGAAAAGGAGCAGUUUGUUUGGUAUGUAAAGGUCUUAAAACCUACAUUUAGGCAUUUCUGUUGUUUGCUACUGUAGCAGUGCGGUAGAAAGCCCUGCUGUUUAAAUGUAUUAUUUCUUUAUUUUUAGAACGGUGUAACCCCCCUCUGCAGGUUAUUGUUUUGUAUUUGUUUUAUGAUUUAUUAUUGUAUUUGUAUAUGACGGCGACGCGCCACGGGUUCUGUUAUUUACAAAUUUUACGGCGUAGCCAAAUGUUUAUUUUUGUUUCAUACUGUUUGGUAGUGUGGAUGGGAAGCCCCAUCUACUAUUAAAAAAAUCUCAUGCAGAAGGUGGUCAUCUCCCAAAUUAAUUAAAUGAUUUAUUUGGUGCUAGUAUUUCCACAUUUCAUUAUCCUACUUCAUGAAAACUCAAUGCCGUCUUUCUUCUGUUAUUAGAAAUAGACUGUGACCAAUUAUUAUUUUUAGGGCCCGUGGCUCAAAAGUUCAACCCGCGGAUGGGCUGUGUAUUUCAUUAAACAAAAACCUCAAGAAACUGUAAAAGAUUGUUUAUUUUUAUAUACCCAAUUAACCUAAAUCACAGCUUGGAUAAGGAGAUCA